AUGGAGCAGGCGCGCUGGCCGCGGGCUGAGGCCAACGCGCCGGGGGAGGAGGAGGCGGGGGCGGCCAUGGCUGCCGUGGCGGCGGUAGGUGGUACGGGCCCGGCAGUGUUGCAGGUGGCUGGUCUGUACCGGGGGCUGUGCGCCGUGCGCACCCGCGCCCUAGGCCUGGGGCUCGUGUCCCCCGCGCAGCUGCGCGUGUUCCCGGUGCGCCGCGGCUCGGGCGGCCCCGCGGGGGGCGCCGACGGCAGCGGGGUCGGAGCGGAGCUCGAAGCCAAUCCCUUCUACGACCGCUACCGAGACAAGAUCCAGCAGCUGCGCAGGUCUGACCCAGCUGCUUUUGAAUCCCGACUGGAAAAGCGCAUUGAGUUUCGGAAGCAGCCAGUGGGGCACUCCAGGCAAGGUGACUUUAUCAAAUGUGUAGAACAGAAGACAGAUGCCCUAGGGAAACAUCCUGUGAGCAGAGGAUUCACUAAGGGCAAGACUCUCAGUUCAAUCUUUAACAUUGAGAUGGUGAAAGACAAAACUACAGAAGAAGUAAGACAGAUUUGGCAGCAGUAUUUUGCAGCAAAAGAUACGGUCUAUGCAGUUAUUCCUAAAGAGAAGUUUGACUUGAUCUGGUCCCGGGCUCAGUCCUGUCCAACAUUUCUCUGUGCACUACCAAGAAGGGAAGGUUAUGAGUUCUUUGUAGGACAAUGGACAGGUACUGAACUCCACUUCACUGCACUUAUAAAUAUUCAGACCCGAGGGGAUGCUGCAACCAGCCAGCUGGUUUUAUAUCACUACCCUGAACUUAAGGAAGAAAAGGGCAUAGUGCUGAUGACAGCAGAAAUGGAUCCCACAUUUCUGAAUGUUGCUGAGGCACAAUGCAUUGCCAACCAAGUUCAGCUCUUCUAUGCCACCGACCGGAAGGAGACCUACGGGUUAGUGGAGACCUUUAACUUCAAACCAAAUGAGUUCAAGUACAUGUCUGUCAUUGCUGAAUUGGAGCAGAGUGGACUUGGAGCAGAACUGAAAUGUGCCCAGAACCAGAAUAAGACUUAGAGCUAUGAGGGCUGGAUUACAGAAUCUGCUUAGCCCUGAUAGUUUUCUGCAGCCCACCUGGCCCCUUGAACUUUUGGGAGCUUAGCAGCUAUAAGGAGCAAUCUCUGAUGGGUUGCCUUGUAUGCGUAUCGCAAGAAGUAAUCGUGGAGGUGAGCCCUAUUACUUGAUAUUCUGGAAUAAAUGUACCCAAACAUUCUGAUAAUUAUAUCCCAGGAUACUUAAGCCUUCCUUUUUUAAGUGUUUGAGGUCAUAACCAGAGAGAGCUAAGGAUCCGCAGGAUGGUGACUUUACACAGUAUAAUUGUGCUGUGUAUCCCUUUGACCUCAUAGCUCCCAAAUGAUUAGUUCUUCAUAUUUAUAAAUUUGUGGCAGGAUAGUAAGCUUGAAGACCUGCUAUAAUUUGAUGUGGGCUUUGCAUACUCUUCCUGUGUGCCCCUUGGCUGGCCAAAGGUAUAGCCCAAAUAUCCUGUUUAGACUCUAGAAUGACCAGAUAUUGCCAUCAGGAUUCAGACUUCAUCUAGAUGUCUCCAGAGUUGCCUUUCAUGGAGCUGGUUUGGAAGGUCAGUAGAUUUCAGGUAUAGUGAAACACACAAGUACAGUGCCUGCGCAUUUCUAAACCAUAGUUUGUUACACCUGCUCCUCUAACUUUGCCUAUUAGAAGCUGUGUAUCUGGAGAGGGUGAAUCAGCGCAGUGUAAAUAAAUCAACACUUUUGAAAGGAGAGGAACCAUCCCGCUUUGCAUGUUGUGUUUUAUUUCAUGUGUUUUAAACAACUCUAAGCCAUGCCAGUACUAUAUGAAAAAGUAAGUGGAAGCAAAUGUUCCCAUAUUGGGUAUGGGGAAAAUGUAGCAAUAAAAUAAAGUCUGGCUUACAGUCCUUUUACACCAAA